AUGAACAAACUUUCAGCCAAGAUCUCUCCUUCCUCUGGACCUGUACCUGUCACGCUUCACCUGUCCACACCAGCAAGCGAGAAGGAUCCCCUGGAACAAACUUUAAUUCAGGAGGAAUCGGAUGCAGAAAAACCAUCUAAUCGCUGCUGCACUCGAUGUCCAUUUCGAGCUGUACGACGGGUGAUGUGUGGGCUCAUUUUGGGGUCUUGCCUGGCUGUUUCCUGGGCCUGGGGAACUCAUAACGCUAAAGAGACUCUGAUAAGGCAUCCCACACCAUUCUUCAUCAUCUGGUUCUGUAGCAUCUGGAAUGUCCUCUUUUUUCCAGUCUACUAUCUGUGCCAUCUUCUCACAGAGAAACAGAAGAGAUUGCCAACAACCGAGUUCAGAAAGUGCAGUGUGUUUCUGGGUGAGGAGUUGACUGUGCGGUUUGUUCUGAAAGGAGCAGCUCCAUUCUCGCUGCUAUGGGGUUUAUCUGGAUAUCUGUACUUGCUGGCGCUCUGCCGCAUCUCCAAAGUGGACGUAAGUGCCGUCCUCUGCUGCUGCCAGGCUUUUACUUUCCUCCUUUCAUGGAUCGGACUCAAGGACCGCUUUAUGGGUGUGAGGAUAGUGGCUGUCAUCCUGUCCAUCACUGGGAUUGUUAUGUUGGCCUACGGGGACGGUUUUCAUAGUGACUCAAUCACAGGAGUGGCACUGGGAGUUGGUUCGGCCUCAACUUUAGCUUUAUUCAAGGUGCUUUUCAGAAAGUGUGUAGGGGAAGUGCAGCCAGGUCCUGCCAGUGUGUUGUUGUCCUGUGUGGGUCUGUGUAGCUUUGUCCUGCACUCAUGGGGGUGUGUGUUGCUUUAUUUCACACAUGUGGAAUACUGGCCUCCCUCUCAGCAUAUCCCCUGGGACAAACUCUGCGUCAUGGCUUCUCUACUGCUGGUUUUCAAUGUGCUGGUAAAUCUGGGAGAAAUGUUCACGUACCCCAGUUUAAUUUCCUUGGGAAUUCUCUUGACAAUCCCAGCAAGUGCAGCUGUGGAUGGUUUAGUGAUGUUAACUCUGCAGAUCAGCCAUGUGCGAGCAGCGGCCGCUGGCAUCAUCUCAGCUGGAUAUCUGAUGCUGCAGCUUCCAGAAAACUGGGACGAGAGCACUUUCCGCUGGCUCAGCGCACGGUGGCGUGGAAACUGGCGAGAGGACAGUAUUGUUGGAGAGGAAACUAUGGUGGACACUGCUGGGAUUUUACGAACAAAAGCCAAACCAGCCGUAGUGACACUCUAG